AUGAACUUUUUAUUGUUGUCUAUGAUAUGUGUCAUUUCUACAUUUGACUUACCAGGAAUUCAACAAAAGAUGUAUUCUGAGGGAGAAUAGAUACCUGUUUUAAUAAAUGAGAUGACUUCUGAUUCUACUCAGCUUCCAUAUGAUUAUUAUGAUCUUGAUAUCUGCAAACCAGAAUCUACUGAAAAUUAAAAUUAAAAUAUUGGAUCUAUGAUAUUAGGCACUCUAACAUAAUAGUCUAAAUAUUAAAUAUUUAUGAAUUACGAAUUAAUUGAUGAAAUAAUUUGUGUUAAAAACUUUACAUAAACAGAAUAGAACAAUUUAAAAUGGUUCAUUGACCACGACUAUAGAGUCAAUAUGUAAAUCGACGGCUUGCCAAUAUUAUCCAGAGAUUAUUUGAACAACACUAUAAUUGGAGUGCCCUUGGGGAUUAGAAACAUCAAUUAGUAUUCCUUUUACAAUCAUUACAAUUUCAAGAUAGAAAUCUAUAGGACUUCUAAAUCAGAAGUCAAUUAGACUUUUAGUAUUAAUUCUAUAACUGUUGAUUUUGAAUCUAAGUGUAUGGAUAGUUCUGAAAUAGAUUCUGGAAUCAAUUGUCCAAUCAAUUAAAUGAUGAAUAUCACUUAUUCUAUCAAAUACAUAAUGAGUAACUCAUCGAAUAGAUGGUCAGCCUAUUUAAAUGUCGCCACUGAUUCUGAUUAGUAGUGGGUAUCUAUUAGCAUAACCUUUGCUAUAUCUCUUUUCCUAAAUUUUCUGAUAGCUUGGUUUAUUAGAUUUACCAUAAGAAGAGACGUGCUGAAAUUUGAAGCAUUGCCUCAAGAAGAGAGUGAUAUAUUGAUAGAUUAAAUGGGAUGGAAAUAGAUUAGUAGAGAUGUUUUUAGACCUCCAUCAGGCAUAUUAUUUUUGAGUGUUUUGAUUGGUACUGGCAUUCAAUUUACUAUUAUGACCAUAUCCAUUUUCUUUUUUUCAUCAAUAGGGUUCCUCUAUUCUGCACAUACAGGACAUUUAGCAACAGUCGUGAUUGUUGUUUAUGUUUUUACUGGCAGUUUGAAUGGAUUUUAUUCCUCCAAAUUUUACAAGUAUUUCAAAGGGGAAUAUUGGUUAUUGUGUACUUUGGGUAGCAAUUUAGCAUUCCCAGUUAUGGCCUUAUUUAUAUUUGGAAUUGAAAAUAUUGCACUGAUGUUUGAGGAAUCUUCAAGUGGAUUGGACUUCAAAACUGGUAUAACUUUCAUUGCAUUACAACUGGGUAUUCAGACUCCUCUAAAUCUACUUGGAUCAUUUAUAGGAUUCAAAUUUGAAUCUCCUAAGAAUCCAUAAAAAUAUGGAUAGAUUGCUUAGGAAGUUCCAUAGCAGCCUUUUUAUUUGGAUUAUUUUUACAGUUGUUUGAUUGGAGGGCUUGUGUGUUUUAUAUCCGUCGGUCUUGAGAUUAGUUAAAUAAUGUAAUUAAUUUGGAAGAAUUCUUAUUAUGAAUUCUUUGUUUCAUUGUUUUUUACUGCCAUUUUAUUGAUUAUUAUAAGUGCUGAGGUUUCAAUCCUAACAGUUUAUUUACUACUAUAAAAUUAAAAUCAUAGAUGGUGGUGGAAGGCUUUUUUUGUACCUUUUACUUCAGGUGUAUAUUUAUUCAUCUAUUCAAUUUAAUAUUAUUUGGAUUCUUUGCAAUUUACAAGAUUUUCAACAAUUUUGUAUUAUUUUGGUACUAUGUACAUGGCCUCUUUAUGUUUGGGAUUGAUUUGUGGAACCGUGGGAUUUUUAGCUAGUCACAUAUUUGUUAAAACAAUAUAUUCAAUGAUUAAAUUAGAUUGA